UUUCAACGAACCCACUUUUUUUGUUUCUCCCUCAAGGAAACUGAAUCCAGGAGAGAGAGAGAUGGGGAUUCCGGCAGUAUCUCCGGCGGCAGUUGAUUUGCUUCGUGAAAGAGCAGCAAAGAUGAAAGAGGCACUUGAGAGGAGUCAGUCCAUUACAGAUACCAUGGUCACUGUGCUCGGUUCAUUUGACCACCGCCUUUCUACUCUAGAAACGGCUAUGCGUCCUACUCAGAUUAGGACGCACGCUAUAAGGAAAGCUCACGAGAACAUUGACAGAACUCUCAAGGCAGCAGAAGUUAUACUGUCUCAAUUUGAUCUCACUCGUCAGGCAGAGUCUAAUAUUCUUAAAGGCCCACAUGAAGAUUUGGAAAGCUAUCUUGAAGCAAUUGAGCAACUGAAAAGAAAUAUUAACUUUUUCAGUAACAAUAAAAGCUUUAAGAGCAGUGAUGGCGUAAUCAACCAUUCAAACAAUCUACUUGCUAAAGCUAUCUCCAAAUUGGAAGAAGAGUUCAAGCAAAUUAUAUCAUCUCAUAGCAAACCCUUGGAACCAGAACGCCUUUUUGAGUGCCUUCCAAGUUCAUUAAGGCCAUCUCCAGAGUCAGCAGGUGAUUCAGGUGGCAAAAAUCUAUCUAAUCAUGGGCAUCAUAAUGCCGACUUAGAAAACGCAGUUUUUACACCACCUUCUCUCAUCCCACAAAGGAUUUUGCCGCUACUGCAUAAUUUAGCCCAACAAAUGGUUCAAGCUGGUCAUCAGCAGCAGUUGGUUAAAAUAUACAGGGAUGCUCGGUCUCUUACCUUAGAAGAAAGUCUUCGCAAAUUGGGUGUUGAAAAGUUGGGCAAGGAUGAUGUUCAAAGAAUGCAAUGGGAAGUUUUAGAGGCUAAGAUUGGAAAUUGGAUUCAUUUCAUGAGAAUAGCUGUCAAGCUACUGUUUGCUGGGGAACGAAAAAUCUGCGAUCAAUUAUUUGAGGGGUUAGGUACUCUUGACGAUCAGUGCUUUUCUGAUGUCACUUCAAGUAGCGUUGCUGUCCUCCUUAGUUUUGGCGAUGCAAUUGCCAAAAGCAAGAGAUCGCCAGAAAAAUUAUUUGUCCUUUUAGACAUGUAUGAGAUAAUGAGAGAACUUCAUUCAGAGAUUGAAACACUCUUCAAAGGGAAAUAUUGCAAUGAUAUUAGACUUUCUGCAACUGGAUUGGCAAAGCAACUUGCCCAAACUGCGCAAGAGACUUUUGGGGAUUUUGAGGAAGCAGUCGAGAAAGAUGCAACAAAAACUACAGUUGCAGAUGGAACUGUCCAUCCUCUCACUAGCUACGUCAUUAACUAUGUGAAAUUCCUGUUUGACUAUCAAUCAACGUUGAAACAACUUUUUCAAGAAUUUGAAAAUGGAGGUAAAGCAGAUUCUCAGUUGGCUGCUGUAACAAUGCGAAUAAUGCAGGCUCUCCAAAAUAAUCUUGAUGCAAAAUCAAAGCAAUACAGAGAGCCCUCUCUCACUCACUUGUUCCUCAUGAACAACAUUCACUAUAUGGUCAGAUCUGUGCGAAAGUCUGAGGCUAAGGAUCUACUGGGAGAUGAUUGGAUCCAAAGACACAGGAGGAUUGUGCAACAGCAUGCAAAUCAGUACAAGAGAAUUGCUUGGGCAAAGAUUCUGCAGUGUCUAUCAGUCCAAGGGCUGACCUCUUCUGGUGGGGGUAGUGGAGUUGGUGUGGAUGGACCGAAUAGUAGUGGAGUUUCAAGAACGAUAGUGAAAGACAAGUUGAAGACAUUUAAUAUCCAAUUUGAGGAGCUUCAUCAACGACAGUCCCAAUGGACAGUUCCAGACUCAGAAUUGCGAGAAUCUCUUAGACUUGCAGUUGCGGAAGUCCUAUUGCCAGCAUAUAGAUCUUUCAUUAGACGGUUUGGGCCACUGGUUGAGAAUGGUAAGAAUCCGCAAAAGUAUAUAAGGUACUCACCAGAGGAUCUUGAUCACAUGUUGGGGGAGUUUUUUGAGGGGAAGACCUUGUCUGAACCUAGACGAUAGAACCAAGACCUUGCCUUGAGUGUGUUGGUCAAUCAAACUCUUUGGAGCUUCAAAUGCUCUGCAGCUGUUUACGCGUAUCAUUGUCUUGGUCUUAUGGCGUCGAAUCCUGCUGUAUCCAUUUUCAUCGUUGAAGGGAGGUACUACAGCCAGACAGACAUUCAACAAGGUGUGGUGGUUUAGCAAAAAAAAAAUUAAAGUGUGGUGUGGUGUGGUGUGGUGUGGUGCUCUUUAUUUCAUUUUCUCUUUCUAUUUUUUUCUUCUUCUUCUGCUGGUGCCAUUUUCAUUCAUAUGUUUUCUUGUGCUUUCCUGCAAGUCUGUACAAAAUACACCUGUUUUUACCAACUUUUGUUGCAAUUUUAGUAUGUAAAUAAUGUAC